AUGAAUCCCAUUCAGACCGUUGUCACAUUUAUUGCUGUCUUCGCCACAGUUAAUGGUGCUGGUUAUGGUAAAGGUGGCGGUAUGGGCGGCGGCAUGGGAGGUGGUAUGAUGGGAGGAGGAAUGGGAGGAGGUAUGGGAGGUGGUAUGAUGGGAGGCGGCAUGGGAAAUGGUAUGAUGGGUGGUGGUAUGGGAGGUGGUAUGAUGAGUGGUGGCAUGGGAGGCGGUAUGGGCAAGAUGAUGGGCGGUGGAAUGAUGGGAGGUAUGGGAGGUGGUAUGAUGAGUGGUGGCAUGGGAGGCGGUAUGGGCAAGAUGAUGGGCGGUGGUAUGGGAGGAGGUAUGGGCGGUGGUAUGAUGGGUGGUAUGGGAGGUGGUAUGGGCAUGGGUAAGAUGAUGAUGCCGAUGCCAAUGGAAAUGCCAAUGCCAAUGCCAAUGCCGAUGCCAAUGCCAAUGCCAAUGCCAAUGCCAAUGCCAAUGGGAAUGCCAAUGCCAAUGGAAAUGGCUAUGCCUAUGCCAAUGCCAAAGAUGGGAGGUGCAAUGAUGGCUGCUAUGAUGGGAGGUAUGGGCGGAGGAAUGGGCGGAGCUAUGGGAGGUGGUAUGGGAGGAAUGGGCGGUGGUAUGGGCGGAGGAAUGGGAGGUGGCAAAAGAUAUAAAAGAGCCACAGUCUUUGCCGUAUGCUUUGUGGCAGUAAAUGCCGCCGGAUAUGGUAGAGGAAUGGGUGGUGGAAUGGGCGGCGGCAUGGGCGGUGGCAUGAUGGGAGGUAUGGGCGGUGGCAUGCUGGGUGGUAUGCCCGGAGGGAUGAUGGGUGGCAUGCCUGGAGGAAUGAUGGGAGGAAUGCACCCAAUGAUGGGUGGCAUGCCCGGUGGCAUGAUGGGAGGUAUGUCCGGUGGUAUGAUGGGUGGCAUGCCAGGUGGAAUGAUGGGUGGUAUGAUGGGUGGAAUGGGCGGCGGUAUGAUGGGUGGUAUGGGAGGCAUGAUGGGAGGAAAAAGACGUUAUAGAAGAAAUGCAGAUUACAGCCAAGGAUACGACUACUAG